AUGGGUCGUGUGACAGGCCGGUCGUUCGCAAAGGGCCUCGCCGUGCUGCACGGAUCUGGUUCAGAUGACAAGCAAGGCGUCCUGGAUCAGUAUUGCAGCCAGAUAGCAGUAAGCAGCGAGAUACUCGAGUUGCCCAAGCAAGUUUUCUUCCACAAGGCCGAGACCUCGGAAGAGGCGUCUAAAAGCAGUGACCCAAUUGACGAGAAAAUGGAGACCGUGGACAGUAUCAUUAUAUUCCUCCAAGAGAACAUGGUAAACAGUAAUUUCACGGCAGUAAUGAUGAACACUGGACCAAUUGAUCGUCGCCUUCAACGCGGACUCCAGCAGAAUUACGGCACGGGUGACUACCUUGAAGCGAGUCAGCACAUCGAAUCGAUUAUUCAGGAUCUUGUCAAGCUCUACAUGGGUUGGAUCAGAUACGGAAGCCUGGCAAUAUUCAAUUGCUAUACGACACUCGAAUCCUUCAAGGCAAUGCUUGGGAAUAAGGACGCUAUGCCCUUUGAUCUGAUAUACUUUGUCUUUGCACGGAUUAACAUCUGGAGUCCAGAAGGGACAGUGACUCAGGAAGGGGCGGCUCUAUUGAGCACGAUCGACGACCACGGCGAGUUUUCAGUCCAUAAUCUGGUGUCCGUGUUUUGGAUCUUCGAUAUCGUGUUGCCGUCCUCAAACCGCCCCAUGUAUCUCCCGAUGCCAGCCUACGAGGACAACUUCUGCUUGAGCAGCAAAAACCAACUGAUAGAACCAUAGAAGCUGUUUUAAGGGCCAGAAGACCAGACAAGGAAACCAGGAACAAACUGACCAGAACAUUCGGAGGAACCAAAGCGGUCCAGGCAAUGACUCAAGCCCAUCCGGAAAAGUUUUUUACUAUUUUUCAAUGGCAAGAAAACCAGCUACAAUCGACACGCUUGGGUGGUAUUUCCUAAUAACAAGUCCUUACUGCAUGAGCUCGAUUUUGAUUCUUUGGUCAGCUCGACACAUUUAUGACUCAGUUUUCGUCCACA